CUGCAAACACACACAUGCAGAAGGAGGGAGGGAAAGAGAGCGAGCGCGCGCCACACACACACUACGAGGGAACCCCAUCAGCUGGAAGAGCAGAGUAACCUUACAACUCAACACUCAUCUUCCGCGCUCAUGCCCCAUAUCGGCAGGACACGCACAGCUCUGCUUCUUAAAUGAGAAAGAGACACGAAGAAGCUGUUUUGUUUUUAAACCGAUAAAGUACAAGAAGAAUCGAGGAGCCAGAGCUGGAGAGAAGCGGGGAAGCAUGGAGUAUUUCAUGGUGCCAGCUCAGAAGGUGCCCUCCUUGCAACAUUUCAGGAAAACCGAGAAAGAAGUCAUAGGGGGCUUGUGCAGCUUAGCAAACAUUCCCCUCACGCCAGAGACGGCGCGGGACCAGGAGCGGCGUAUUCGGCGGGAAAUCGCCAACAGUAACGAGCGCCGGCGCAUGCAGAGCAUCAACGCUGGCUUCCAGUCUCUGAAAACACUCAUCCCGCAUAGUGACGGAGAAAAGCUAAGCAAGGCUGCCAUCUUACAGCAGACGGCCGAAUACAUCUUUUCUCUGGAGCAGGAAAAGACGAGGCUGCUGCAACAAAACACCCAACUCAAACGCUACAUACAGAAGGAGUUCAGCGGCUCGUCCCCGAAGAGGAGGCGCGCAGAGGAGAAGGAUGAAGGGAUUGGAUCUCCAGACAUCCUGGAGGAGGAGAAGGUGGAGGACCUUCGGCGAGAGAUGAUCGAACUCCGACAGCAGCUGGAUAAAGAGCGCUCCGUUCGCAUGAUGCUGGAAGAACAGAUCCGCUCGUUGGAUGCCCACUUGUACCCAGAGCAGCUAAAGGUGAUCGCUCAGCAGGUCCAGGAGCAGCACGUGCAGACGCAAACCCUGCUUCGUCUUCAACAGCAGCAACAAGAACAGCUGGAAAAAGAGACCAACACACCUGCUCGCAGCCCGCUGGUGUUUUCUCCUGCCACGCCGCCUGCGCCCACUCAUCACGCCACAGUAAUUGUUCCCGCCCCUGCGCCGCCGCCCCCUCCCCAUCAUGUGACUGUGGUGACCAUGGGCCCCACCUCCGUGAUCAACACAGCAUCCACAUCACGACAGAACUUGGACACCAUUGUGCAGGCCAUCCAGCACAUCGAAGGCACGCAGGACAGGAUGGUUGUACCCGAGGAGGAAAAGCGCCGGGCGGUCAUCGUCACCUCGGGCCGUGUCCUCACAGACACCGGUGACUCCGACACCGCCUCUGACAACGAAGGAUCUGAGGACUGUUAACUGCCCGGACACCCCCACCACCAAUUCGCACCACCACAUGUAACGGGGGGCGCAGAAAAUGGGGGGAGGGGGUCUGUGGCCAAAGGCCUCCCGCAGAAAUACUCUUUCUUUCUCUCUCCUCUCUUCCUGUCGCUGUCUUCUUCAUACUUGCAUACGGGACUCACAGACUCAAUGACUUGAAGGUUUCUGGGGGUUGGGGUGGGAGGGGAAACAAAACAAAAACAAGAAAAAAAAUUAAAUGUUACAGGAAAUGUGCUGAUAACCCAACGAGCACGCUUAUGUAUACUCACACAGUACACUAUAACCCCAUAGCACUCUGGUAACAUGUUGAUACAUUCAUAUUAUACAGCUCUUACUCAUACUCCGUCGAACUGUCUUCUGUUUUCACAACGCACGCUCCCAGGUAAGCGAUUUUGUGAGGGAAUCACAAAAUCUCCGUCAGAAUCUGCCACAGGUCUUCCAAGCCUCUGCUUCAUUAUUUCCUUUUCUACAUCCUGCCCAUAAGAGGGCAGUAGAGUGUUCUGAUUGGAGGGAACCCAUUACGGCGUCUCAAAAUGAACACUUUGCCCCACCACCCUCUGGUUGCGUCAUAUUAUCUAUCCAUUCUGGGGAGGCUUGAAGCAUCACUGUGAGCCAAUGAGACUUCAGAAACCUGUUCCACACCAUGGCUUCCGAAACUUUAGAGGAAAUGUUACCUUUUAUUUGUUUUUUCUUUUUGUUUUGGUGCAGACGCGCUCCUAGAUUUCCAUUUGCUGGUGGGCACCUUUGAUUGUCGUCUUGUCAAUGGAGGGACAAAGACCGGCACUGCUUAGAGGGGCUCCGAGCACUUUGUAAAUAACGCAAAGUUAUUACACAAAGAGGGGG